UGUAGCGGUUAUUUGAAGUAAUGCUGUGAAGUAUAGGUUAUGUUGUAUCCAGAACUUUGUUCAGUUUUGUGCAUAAGAUUGUCGUUAUCUGAUUAUUUUAUAGUUACAUCUAGCUUCGUAAAUGGAACUUCCAUCUGUAGAAGAAAAAUCAACUAGAAUUGAAGCCAUAAAUAAAGAUGUUGUACAUCAAAUCUGCUCUGGUCAGGUUGUUCUGAAUUUAGCAACAGCAGUGAAGGAAUUAGUUGAAAAUAGUUUGGAUGCAGGGGCAACAGUUAUUGAGGUUCGCCUGAAGGAUUAUGGAAGUGAACUCGUGGAAGUGAUAGACAAUGGGACUGGUGUAGAAGAAGAGAAUUUUCAAGCCCUCACUCUUAAACACCACACAUCAAAACUAAGGGAAUUUACUGACUUAGUAUUAGUGGAAACAUUUGGUUUCCGUGGUGAAGCACUUAGUUCACUCUGUGCCCUCAGUGAAAUGACAGUUGUCACCCGACACUCUUCAGCAUCCUGUGGAACAAGAUUAGAAUUUGAUCACACAGGGAAAAUUAUAAGGAAGAAAUCCUGUGCCAGACAAGUUGGUACUACAGUAUCUCUUCUGAACCUUUUCAGUUCUUUGCCUGUGAGACAGAAGGAAUUUCAUCGUAGUCUACAUCGAGAGUUUGCAAAAAUGACCCAGUUUUUGUAUGCUUACUGUCUAGUCUGCAUAGGCACCAAGAUCUCUUGCACUAACCAAACUAAGAAAGGAGGUCGCACAGUUGUGGUCUCUACUCGAGGAAGUGAAACAGUCUGCGACAAUAUUGCCUGCAUUUAUGGGGCUAAACAGGUGCAAAGUCUGAUGGAGGUUUUGCAGAAAAGACCACCUGAAACAAUGCUGCAGGCAUAUGGGAUAUCUGAAGCAUUAACAUCUACUAAAAACCCAUUCCAGCUUGAAGGAUAUAUAUCGUCAUGUGCACAUGGUCAAGGUCGGAGUACCACUGACAGGCAAUUCUUUUAUGUCAACUCUCGACCCUGUGAGCCAACAAAGGUCAUUAAAAUAGUCAAUGAAGUGUACCAUCAGUUCAACCAGCAUCAGUAUCCAUUUGUAUUCCUUAACAUGAAGACAGCACGUAGCACUAUUGAUGUGAAUGUAACACCAGACAAGAGACAAAUUUUUCUGGACCAUGAGAAGCUUCUUAUAACAACCAUUAAAGCUUCCCUCCUUCACCUAUAUGAAACAAUCCCAUCAACUUUUAAUUUUCAGAAUAUUUCUUCUAGUCCUGUUCCCCAAACCCCUCCAUCCCCAACAGUAACAGCAGCAGGAAAUCUUGAAGAUAUGUUUAGGCAAUGGAGCCAUUCCCCUGCUUAUAAUCAUUCAAAAUCGCCUACAUCAGCACCUGUGAAAGGGAGGGGAGUCAAACGACUAUUGGACUCAACAAAAAAAGAAGGAAGUGCUAAAUCAAAAUUGCAUUGCAUCAACAAUUUUUUCUCACCCAGAACAGAGGAAGGAAUUCAAAGUAUAUCAACAGAAGUAGAAAUCCCAAUUCAUAAUUCUUUCGGUAUUAAUAACACUUUGAAUACUACUCAAGAUGAAAUAGAGCUUGAAAAUGUUCGAGUUAUUAAUGAUACUGUAGAAUUUUUGAAUGAAGGAAUCCAUACUGAAUUCAAUAAGAACAAAGGUGAACAUGCAAGCCAUGAGGUUUGUAUGGAUAUUUAUAAGCAGACAACUGAAAAUGACAACACUGUUAUCACUGAUGAAGAAAUAAAUCAAGAAUCAGUAAAGGAGUCAUUAAUGACUAGAGAAUCUAGUCCUGGAGAUAUAAAAGAUACAGAUGUUAUCCAAAAUAAUUGGACGAAUUAUACAAAUGAAGAAAUCAGUCAACCAUGUGAAACUGAAGUAUCAAAUGGCAAGGUACAAAAUAUUGUAGUAAAGCUUGAUGAUGUGAAAAUGGACGACUUAAGUCGUAAAAUCGUUCAUAUGUCUGUUAGCAUUGACCACAUAAAACUGAAAAUUGAACAACAUAAGAAGCACAAUGCAAACAAAGACAAACGUCAGAUGUCAGUCAGAUUUCAUGCUGAAAUUGAUCCAACAAAGAAUGAGUCUGCAGAAAUUGAACUACGUAAAGAGAUAUCACAAGAUAUGUUUGCUAAGAUGGAGAUACUGGGCCAAUUUAACUUGGGAUUCAUUGUGACACGUCUUGGACCAGACCUCUUCAUUAUUGAUCAGCACGCAACAGAUGAGAAAUAUAAUUUUGAGAUGCUUCAGCUCAACACUAUACUGCAGAACCAGAGGCUUGUUAUACCUCAGAAGUUGGAUUUAACAUCAGUGAAUGAAAGUAUUCUCAUAGAGAAUGAAGAAAUAUUUAAUAAAAAUGGAUUUGAUUUCAUCAUUGAUGAAAAAGCUGAACCAACAAAACGAGUACAACUGACUGCAAUUCCUGUCAGCAAAACUUGGGAGUUUGGAAAAGAAGACAUUGAUGAAUUGAUAUUUAUGCUACAAGAUUCCCCACAUACCAUGUGUCGACCCUCAAGAAUUCGGUCAAUGUUUGCAUCCAGAGCUUGCCGUAAAUCUGUUAUGAUUGGGACAGCUUUAAGCAGAGCAGAUAUGAGGCGUCUAAUUGAGAACAUGGGACAAAUUGAACAGCCGUGGAAUUGUCCACAUGGACGACCAACUAUGAGACAUCUCAUCAACCUGGACCUUAUCCAUAAUGGAUAACACUUUGUGGCAUUUAAUUUUUCAUGAUACGUGUAAGUUUCAGUAAUAUUCCUGUGCUAAGAUCACUGUAAAUAUACUUCUCCAAAAUCAGCUGUUGAAUCUGAUAAUAAAUAUAACAUAAACUGUGCUGAGACAUUA